UUUCCCAGCAUGCCUUGUGUCCUAAAAAUAUACGCGCGGAAAGUCUCAAGAUUGUGCAAGGAUUUGGCCAGUGCCAAACUGGAAAUCCUUCAGUAAGAGACUCAAAUGACCUCAAACAGUAGGCCUAACUGUGCUGCUAUUCUGAAAGAUGUUGUUGCCUACGUUGAUGUGUGGUCAUCAAGUAAAACAGAGAAUUACUCCAAACCAUUCAUCCAGCAGCUGCAGGAUAUGGGAGCUGAGGUAUCAAAAACCUUCAAUAAACAAGUUACCCACGUAGUCUUUAAAAAUGGCCAUCAUGCCACUUGGAAUAAAGCCAAGAAGACUGGUGUGAGACUUGUGUCUGUCCUUUGGGUGGCCAGAUGUAAAGAUGAUGGUGAACAUGUUAAUGAAGAGUUGUGUCCGGCAUUAAAUGAUGAAGUCAAUCCAGCACUCAAGAAAAGGCAUCGUUGUAUGCAGCCAAGAGACACCCCUGAGAGAACCCCUGAGAAUGACAGGCGCAUGAAGAAAAAACUGGACAAGAUUAUCAAAGACCUAGUACCAAAAUCACCUCUUAUUACAGAUGUGUCCCCUUACAUUAUUGACGAAGAGAACGGAAUAGUUUUCAGCCCUUCUAUGAAAAGGUCUGACUCCAUGGCACAGCGCCUGAAAGAAAUGAGAGAGAAAAGGGAGAACCUCUCCCCGACCGCUUCACAGAUACAAUCUAGGUUAUCACCUGAGCUCAAGACUUCUCUUGGGAAUAUACCAUCCCGCUCUUUCUUGCAACAACUGUAUGAAGAACCGGAUGAUGACUUUAAUGCAUCUGUUGGCUCAAAUAAGACAGAUGGAGAGAAGCAACAUGAAGCCACCAGUGAAACACAGCACAAGAAAGACUUUCAGAAACCUUGGAUGUCACCUUGCAGCGUUGUGCCGAGACAAAAGACAAGUAAUUUACCCAAUUCACCGGCUAAAGAAAAAGCAAGUAAACAAGACAAAAAUCCUAAAAGGACCUCAAUCAAAAGUGAUGGCAUCAAGAAACACAUCUCUUUAGAUAGUCCAUGCCGGGAUGACCUGCCGAAGGGUAGCAAGAGUGUGCAAUCAGUGUUUACAUUUGACAGUUUCGUAGUGGGAAAAAAUAGACGAUCAACCAGCAGAAGUAACAUGGCAAAAGUCAUACCACCUGUUAGGAAAAGCAGAACACCACAGUCCCUUCCAGAAAGUAAGCCAACUGCUAAUCUGGAGAUUUCUAGUUCUACAAUUUUACCAGAAAAACUCAAUAUGCCUCAUCAAACGUCCGUAAAGAUUACCAAACUGAAAUCAAAUGUGAGCCAACGAAGAAAAUCCUUGCUUCCUGCCUUGGCAAGAUCUUGCACUGUCUCAAAUGACUCUCAUGCCUCCUCCUGUGCAUAUGAUGAUGAAAAUGAUGGGGUAUUUGAGGACUUCUUCUCUCCAGCUAACAACCCUCGGAGACAACAAAGUCUCCUUUUGCCCAGCUUGUCAUCACUGUCCAAGGUUCUUGUUCCCUUUGAACUGGAGCCUCCGCCUAGCCCUGGGAAGAGGAAGAGGGGCAGGAGUGAAACCACAAGGUCUGAGUUAGUCAGUGCCAAAAAGAGAAAAAAUGAGGUGCCAAUUGUAAAAGAGACAUCCAGUGAGUCCAGCAGUGUAAGUAGCGUGUUGGAUCAACACGAGCACCCACACCAGGAUACAAAAGGACUUGCAUCCUCCGAGGACAAUAAUACAAAGCAAACUGUGACUAAAAGAAGUACGCAAAGCACAUUGUCAUUCUCUAGAGUGCCUAAAGACUCAACCGAUGAACUGACUAGUGCCCCUGAGAAGUGGAGCGCGUCAACAGAUCCCACGCACCUUUCAAAACCAAAUUUGACAGCGGCCAACAAAGCACUAGAUAAGCAAAACAGUUCGUAUCUCUUACCUCGGCACAAGGACAAUCGAGGGAAAAGUAGCCCACGUUUGGAAAUUGUAGGCAGAGGAACUGCAUAUGCUGCAGCAGCUGGUGUCACAGACACAAUUUCUGACAAUUUAAGCAAACAGAAAAGACAAGUCAAUGUGGUGGACAAGAGUAUGGACAAAAAUACAAAGACUCUAAGGACAUUAGUUAUGACAAGCAUGCCCACCGAAAAGCAGCACACAGUGACCCAGGUGGUAAGAGCUCUGGGUGGGUUCUCAGUGGUGGACCAGGUGUGUGAGAGCACUACCCACGUGGUGUCAGGGAGCCACCGGCGGACCCUCAACAUUCUCCUGGGCAUCUCCCGUGGCUGCUGGAUCCUCUCUUUUGAGUGGAUUUUGUGGUGUUUGGAGCAAAGACAAUGGAUUCCAGAAGAACCAUAUGAACUUUCAGAUCAGUUUCCAGCAGCACCUAUCUGCCGUCUGCAGCAGCACCUGUCUGCAGGGGAGCACCAGCAGGACCUCUUCCUGAAUCAGCCUGCGAUGUUUGUCUCCCGGAACACCCAGCCCCCCACCCACAGCCUGGUGGAGCUCAUCCAGCUGUGUGGGGGCACAGUCUGCAAAACGGUCCGGCAGACAGGCCUCUGCAUAGGGGAGUACAACGGCAAGAGACCAGAAGGGAGCAGGAUUCUCUCUGAGCAGUGGGUGCUGGGCUCUGGGUCUCCGCUUUACAGGGACGUAUGGGAUUCAACUGACAGAAGUUCUAAACCGGCGCACCACCCACAACAAGAAGAUGCCCCCAUCCUUCCCGCAAAUUGGAUUGUAUCACACAUCUCAAGCAACUUCCAUAUGAGAAAUAUGACUUGGAAUGGAAGUCCCAGUAAUAUGAAGUUGGACCCAAACAUGGAGAGAACACAAAUGGAAAUCAUUUUUGGCUUUUUUUCCCUUGAACGUGAAGUGUGACUUUCUACUGUUAUUGCAUUCUAUUUAAUAAAACGUUUACCUUGUUAGAAUGUU